GGGGCGCAGGAGCCUGGGGACGCAGGAAGGGCUGUGCGGGAUACGAGGGCGCAGCGCAGGUCGGUGCAGCAGGCGCCACGGCUCCGGCAGGUGGCACUGGCCGCCUCCCCUUGGCCGCCUCCCCCGCUCUUCCCCCUCCCCGGCCGGCGCCGGGCUCCGGGCUCCGCCGCCACCGCCUCGGCGCUCUCAGUCCGCCCGUCCCGAUGCUGCUGAGCGGAGCCGCGGCCGGCUCGGAGCGCGCCGGGCCCGGGCCCGGACACGGACCCGGACCCGGGGGGCCCCGCAGUGCGUGGGCAGCAUGGCCCGCUGGCUCCGGGAGCACCUGGGCUUCCGCAGCGCCAAGCCCGCGCCGCCCGCGCCGCCCAAGCCCGACUACCGGGCGGGCCUGCCCCAGCCGCCGCCGCCGCCGGGGGGCGCCCCCGCCGCCCCGCUCUGCCCGGCCGCGGCCCAGCCCGACAUCCUGGCCGCCUACAAGCUGCAGCGGGACCGGGACUUCGAGGACCCCUACACGGGGGCUGGCCCGGGGGGCCUCGCGCCCGACGCCCGCUACGGCUCGCCCAAGCACCGGCUCAUCAAGGUGGACGCGGCGGAGAAGGCGCCGGAGGAGCCCGCCCCGGAGCAGGUGAUUGUCCUCGAGGACUAUGCGGAUCCCUUCGAUGCCAAGCAAGCAGCCAGCUGCCAGCCAGGGCAGGAGAAGGUGGCAGAAAACGAUGGGUACAUGGAGCCCUAUGAGGCCCAGAAGAUGAUGGCCGAGAUCCGCCUGAAGGGCUCCCUCGAGGCCCCUGCCCAGCCGCUGCCCCUGUACGACACACCUUAUGAGCCGGUGCCCAAUGGGCUACCCCCAGACAGCGAGCGCCCAUCCUGUGCCCGGCCCAGGGAGUCGCGGCUGCCCCAGGACGAUGAGCGCCCACCCGAGGAGUAUGACCAGCCCUGGGAGUGGAAGAAGGAGCGCAUCUCCAAGGCCUUUGCAGUUGAGAUCAAAGUGAUCAAAGACUUGCCGUGGCCUCCCCCUGUGGGACAGCUCGACAGCGGUACAAGCCCCCCCGAUGGCGAGGCCCAUGCCCCUGCGCACCCCAGCCAGCCCCAACACAACCACGAAGACACUAACGGCCAUUGUGAGGGGCCAGGGCACGGCCACUCGUCGCCCAGCAGGGAGGAGAAGGCCCGAACUGCGAACAGACACGUGAGUGGGAACCCCAAGACAGAGCCCAGCCCAGCCCUCGGGGAGAGGAUCAACCCCACCCUGCCUCUGGAGAGCCAGUGCUGGUACCAUGGGGCAAUCAGCCGGACGGACGCUGAGACCCUGCUGAGGCUGUGCAAGGAGGCCAGCUACCUGGUGCGCAACAGCGAGACCAGCAAGAACGACUUCUCUCUCUCCCUCAAGAGCAGCCAGGGUUUCAUGCACAUGAAACUCUCCCGCACCCAAGAGAACAAAUACGUGCUGGGCCAGAACAGCCCCCUGUUUGACAGCGUGCCCAAGAUCAUCCACCACUACACCAGCCACAAGUUGCCCAUCAAGGGGGCUGAGCACAUGUCCCUGCUCUACCCAGUGGCUAUCCGAACCCUAUAGCCUGCUGUGCAGCAGGGAGGUGUCCAUGGAGCACCCAGCCUGGGCCUGGCAUGUGCGCAGCUCUCCCAGGGAGGCCCACCAUCAGUCCUGGCUGGGGCAGAGCCAGGGAAGGGCUCCGGACAGCUGGCCAAAGUACAGACUCACUGGUACAGCUGGCUCUGGGCCCGGCGCUGGGAGUGGCCGGACCACUAGCUGCACUCUGGCUUCUUGCCAACACAGUAGGACGCUUCCCAAACCCUAGGGGAUGCGCCCCUUCUCUGGGACCAGCUUGUGUACAUACCCCCAUGGAAAGACCCAGGUCCGACUACCACUGUGUCCACCGCCUCCUCGCUGGUCUCCUGCCUGCAGGCCUGGCCCAGCUGGCUCCCAUGGUUCCCGUUGCCAGGGCUGGGAAAAGAACAGGGGCCUGGUGGAGUCCCAGGGACCAAGGGGGGAAUUGGGAGAUAAUUUAUUGCUAAGGCAGGUAAGUGGCCCCUUUCCAGAAGUGCCGAGACCCCUGGCAGUGCUGGCCUGCCCAUAGGCAGUGUGAAGAAGCUGAGGGGAUGUGCCCAUUGUGUAUGCCUACACACACCCACACCCCGAUAUCACAGAAAAUUCCUAACACAUUUUUCCACAGCAGGAAUAAGACCAGGGAUGGGGGGUGCUAGGCCUGCUCCUGACCUGCCCCCGGCCCCCAUUGCAUUAGAGGGGGCAGUGAAAACCGGAUUGAGGCUGCUGCUGUGAGACUGUUUCACCAUGGAAGAGGUUGUUGGAAGAGGACCGCGCCGUGGGACAGGCCAGGUGGCUAAUUGGCACAGCUCACUGCAGAGCUGGGUCCAUGGGCCCAGGACAAUCCGCUACCCUCCUUGGCCAAAUGUACACACUGAGUGUGCCGUACCAGCACCCAAUAAAGUCAGGCAAAGCUGUCAGCCACCCUCCCUGUGAGACGCGGUGCUCGCAUGCACCUAUGCAGCUACAGCUCAUGGGGUCUCAAAUGAUGGGGCUUCCCGGGGAGCUGGGCUGGGAGGGGACACCUGUGAGAAGGUUGCUACCCCUCCCCCUGACAUUGCGUGGCCAUCUGUUCCCCCUGUUUGGGGCUGGGGGGGAUUUAUUCCUGCAGCAUCACCUGGCCAAGAGAGAGGCUGCCAGCCCUUCCCUUUGGAGGGUGGAAAGGCCUGGGUCACCGUCAGUGCACACUCGGCCCCGUAGUGUUGAGGGUCCUCCUCCCCAGGACCAAUGGCCAAGCUCCUCCAGCUGUUCCCGUUGUGAGGAUGGAGAGGAGCCAACAGGCUGUUGGCUAGGAGACCCAACUCUGGACAGGAGGCAGCCUGGACACCUUGCAGCCUGUCAGUGGGAUUGAGCAGGAGCUAACUCCAACCUUGGGCUGAGCCAGACUCCAGCCAGGUCCAUGCUGAGGAGCAACCCCCAAGCAUGGGGCAGAACUUCAG